GUCGGAGAGCAGAUGAAAUGACGGACCAGGCUUGGCAUAUGCGAGUUCCAGUGAAAACAGUCUUUCCGCCUCUUUCAACCUGCGCUGCCUUUUCGCAAAUACCUUGCAAACUCACCACUUUCUUGUCUUUUUCCAUCUCGCUUGCAGAGAUAUCCUAUUCAUUGAGAUCCGUGGUAUUGGACCUGAUCUCGAGAAUCACCUAAACCCUCAACUGCCAUCCCCAUACCUCGCCCUCAACAUACCAAACAUUGACAAUGGCGGAAGCUCAAACAGGCGUACCAACCUUCAAGCUCGUCUUGGUCGGUGAUGGUGGUACCGGAAAGACUACCUUCGUCAAACGCCAUCUUACAGGUGAAUUCGAAAAGAAGUACAUUGCCACUCUCGGUGUCGAAGUCCAUCCUCUAGGUUUCUCAACCAACUUGGGUCAAAUCCAAUUCGACGUGUGGGACACCGCAGGUCAAGAGAAGUUCGGUGGUCUGAGAGAUGGCUACUACAUCAAUGGCCAGUGUGGUAUCAUCAUGUUCGACGUCACCUCAAGAAUCACCUACAAGAACGUCCCCAACUGGCAUCGUGACCUCGUCCGCGUCUGCGAAAACAUCCCGAUCGUCCUCUGCGGUAACAAAGUCGACGUCAAGGAGCGCAAAGUCAAGGCUAAGACCAUCACCUUCCACCGCAAGAAGAAUUUGCAAUACUACGAUAUCUCCGCCAAGUCCAACUACAACUUCGAGAAGCCCUUCCUCUGGCUGGCUCGGAAGUUGGUCGGCAACCCUCAACUCGAAUUUGUCGCUGCUCCCGCUCUUGCACCUCCUGAGGUCCAGGUCAACCAAGAACUACUUGAUCAAUACCAGAAGGAAAUGACCGAAGCUGCGGCCAUGCCUCUGCCUGAUGAGGAAGAUCCUGACUUGUGAGCGCACAACAGCGGUCUGCGGUCGCAGUCGUAUCUCUCUUGGUCAACGAGAUCGGUGUGAAGACAGGAUUCGGGCUAGCGAGACGACAAAUAGAAGGUCGUAUUGAUUUCCCAUCAAGGGUGGGGCACAUGGGAUGGGGUGGUGUCGAAAGAGCCCAGGAAGUCCUUUUGCCCGUCAUUCGAACAGCAAAGAGGAUCGUCAACCCUGGAUGACGAAGUGAACGACGAACGAUGAGCUUGCUGAACUAAGAAUAUCACAAAAGCAAACUGCAUGAUACAGAAAGUUUCUCUUGCUCAUUCUGCGAUAGGUCUAGACUACAAUAUGAUAGCAUAGCGAGAAUGAAUUCAGUUGAAUAAA